UACCACCCCGGGUGUCCCGUACUGCACGGGCCGCGCAUGCUCGGUGCCACGGGAGUUCAGCACAUUGGAAGUGUCGGAAGUUUAGCAGCAGUGAUUUAGCCCGACAGGCUAACAGCGGGGACACGGUCCAACGUCAAAAACUUGGUUUUCUGCCACAAAAAACUGCGUUUGGACGGAACCUCCCACUCCGCAGUGAAGCACGAAGGACUAUCGAUGGAUUUAAACCGUUUUUCGCAGUUUGAUUGGCACAAACGGGAGCGUUAGAGAGCUUUGAAAGAAGUUGUGAUUGUUUUUUGGCGCUCUGGCAGCGCAGAGGAAAGAUGGAGGAUCUGCGGGUGUAGCAGCGGCUAACGCUAGCUGGCUCCUCCGUCUACUGCCAGCGUCGGUCAGGGACAAUCCUGAGCUGCUUCACCGCUGUGUGGAAAAGUCUGGGUGCUUUGAUUCAACACGCUGAUGGUGCUUGAAGUGCUGUUCAUGUUUUCAGAUCAACUAAAGCAUGAGUGUCCCUCAGGCUCUGAGGAUGGGACCAGGGCUACUGGAGGCAGGAUCUAGACAUCAGAUGGUGCUCUGAAGAAGCCAUGGGUAGCUGUUUAAGCUGUCCAGAGAAAGAGUCAAUUCCAGAUAAUCAUCAAAGUAAAUUCAAGGUGAUCAACGUGGACGACGAUGGGAACGAGCUGGGCUCUGGUGUAAUGGAGCUGACUGAUGCCGAGCUCGUCCUCCACACCCAUCGCCGUGAUGAUGUCAGGUGGCCUUACCUGUGCCUACGGCGCUAUGGCUACGAUUCCAACCUGUUCUCAUUUGAGAGUGGCCGCCGCUGCCAGACAGGCCAAGGAAUUUUUGCCUUCAAAUGUUCUCGAGCUGAAGAGAUCUUCAACAUGCUGCAGGAGGUGAUGCACAGUCACAGUAUCAGUGUGGUGGAGGAGGCAGUGCUAGAGCCAAACCACCAGGCUGCACACACUCCUGCAGCUCUGGGUUACUCUGUGCCCACGGUGCCUAAUGGUGUGAACAGGAUUCCCUCUGUGGGUGAGGCUCCGUCUCACCCCUCCACCCGUCACCCAUCUGUGGCCAGCACCCGUCUGCCCUCUGUGGGAGAAGAGUCCACACAUCCUCUACUGGUGGCUGAAGACCCGGUUCACACGUACGUCAACACCACUGGUCUCCUGGAGGACCAGCCCAGCCCGCUGACCGUUACCACCCCUCUGGAGAGUCCCACCUCUCCCCAUCCCCAGUGUCCUCCCACCCCCCCGCCGCCUCCCAGGGUCCGCACUGAGCUUCCUGUCCCGCCAACCCAACCGGAGCCCCAGGUGCUCCUGGAGCCUCAGGGAGUGCGUUUCGUGCUUGGCCCCACCCCUGUUCAGAGGCAGCUGAUGGAGAAGGAGAAGAGGCAGCAGGAGCUAAAGGAGGCUGAGGAGCCCCAAGAGACUAACGGCCACACCGAGGCCCCUGCAGAGCCCGAGCCUGCCCCCCUGCACUCCAAUGGCGGCUCCUCCUCCUCCUCCUCCAUUCCAUCAACAGCUCCUCGACGCCACCGCCCGCCACCCCUCACCCCCGACCUGCAGAAUGUCAAUAACUCAGCCCAGCGGCGCACCGCCCUGCUGGACUAUGAGAACCUGCCGGCGCUGCCGCCGGUGUGGGAAGCGAGGAAGCCCAGUUCGGAGGAGGAGGAGAACGGCUGCACUGGCAUGAAGACGCCGUCACUCAAUGGCUACAACCACCACCCCCACCCCCACCCCCACCAUGGCCUGCUGCACCACUCCUACUCCCACCCCCUGUCCGCCGCCCUCGAGCCCUCACACAACUACGUCAACACAGAGAACGUGACGGCGCCACUCAGCGCCCACCGGCCAGACACAGCCCGCCGCCGCGCCGACGGACCCACCAUCUUCAACUUCGACUUCCGCCGGCCGCCGCUGCCGGGCCACCCAGAGCCGCCCAAAACCCUCAACUACAUUGAGGUGGAGAUGGACAGCAGUGCCGGGAACAAGGGCGCCUCGGACGGCAGCAACCCCCACACGCCCCGCACCCCCACCUCCCCGCUGCCACCCAACACCCCCACCCGCCGCACCGAGCUCUACGCCCUCAUCGACAUCGAGCGCACCGCCGCUAUGUCCAACCUGCAGAAGGCCCGGCCAAGAGACGACGGCACGUCACGCAAGACGAGACACAACAGCACAGAGCUGCCCACCAAAAGCACUGCGUGACACCCCUGCAGCUUCCUGUCAAUCCUCUGCGUGUAAAGAUGGAGCUGCUGUUUGUCCCAGAUGGACACGCAGCCACAGACUCCACCUGAACCAGUGCAACAUGACUUCCUGUGUGGUCGCCUGCUGAGGUAGACCCUGAAGAAUGAACCUGGCUACUGGUCAUAAAGCAGUUUAUUCCUCUGGUGAAUGAUACCUCUGCUGUUGAGUCAGUGUGCAGAGCAACGGGUGGCAGCAGCAGCAGCGACGACGAUGUUAAUAAGACUGCAUUCCUCCUCUUUAUAUGGUACAAAUCAGUAUUACUGAACAAAGCAUUCCAUUUAGCCUUUUUUAUAUGAUUCACUACAUGCUGCUGUAAUUCAGUAUCUAAGGACCACAUGGUACACCACAUUAUGUUUCUGAAUAUGUACAGUAGAUUCUGGCACAAUAAAUGUCUGUUGUUUUUAUUUGUA